GCUUGCUGUCGGUGAUCAGUUACCCCCGUAGGGUGGCUUACAGAUGGCGUCCCUGUCCGUUUUCCUUGUCUGCCACGGACCACUAUGGCUUUCUCGGCGCUUGUUGGUCGGCCCUCGCCCUUUCACUUGGCACACACCCCCGAGCGACCUUGACUACGAUCUGAGAUCCUUGCCCAUAAGCUUCGACGGAUGAAGGUGGAUGGGAGAUCUAAAAGCUAAGAUUGCUGAAUCUGUCAACGGGCAUUUGUUUAUCAACGGAUCGGCGUCUAAACGAAGCCGUUGUCUAAAAGCCAGCCCUGGAACUCCACGCCCUAUCCCAAACGAGCGGGAGGAGACACAAGCAUCCUUCGCUUCGGCUUCAAAUAUCGCCAUAUUUCCUUGCCCCCAUUCUUAUCCUUGUCCUAUUGUGUCUAUUGUAACGUUCUGCUAUCUCCCAUUCUCUCCCUCCAUUCUCCAACUUGCUCAUCAAUAUCUCUCUUUCACCUCGCUUCCCAUUGCUUGGUACAUGAGUAAAGAAAUCUCCUUGUUCCGAGAACACCAUCAAACCACCCACGAGACUCAUUGUACUUCCUUCCAAACAAGUGUCCUUGACUUCAACAGAGGCUGCAAUGGAUACACCGUUUUCUGGUGACGAGCAAGCUUCUAGCUACACGAAUAUUAUCACGGGCCACGGUCAACAAUCACCUUGCGUGUCAGAGCUCACCGGUAUGGAGCCAUACUAUGCCCUCUCCUCGGGUCCUCAGGAUCAACCAUCUCAUCUAUCAUCAACUGGUCCGCUGUCUCUAGGCUCAACCCUAUCACAGCACCAAGAGAACCAACAGCAGACGUCACAUCCGACUCAUGACGCGACUGUGUAUGCUUCCAUGACCUCAGGUUUUCCAUAUCCGCCUCGAAGUCAUCUCCAAGUCUGGCCCUCACCUCCACCAGGAUCUGACGAUUAUGACAACUACUCUUACCAAAGUUCCCCAAGCAGUGGCAGUGCCCCAAUGAGCUGCUACAACCCAUCACCCAUUUCACCAAGGACGUGGUCUUCUCCAGACUUCCCUCUGUCUCAACCUACAGAUCCUCUCCAACAGAAUUCUUUCAAGAACCUCCGCAUUUGCACGCCGACAUCAAACGAAGGAUACCCCGUCAGAGGCCCUCGGGGCCUGACGCCUUUUUCAGGUGGCGGUAUGAAUCAGAUUUUCGAUAAUGAGAUUGACGGCCUGCCCCAAAACUACUCCCCAGUGACAAUUCCCAGUUCAUCAGCUGGAGCACUAUCAUGCAUCGGCUCCCCGCAAGAACCUCUUCUCGGGACCCCCGUGCUCAUGAAAGCUAGACAUAAAUCACCCGCCGGUGUACCGGAGUACCGCGCGAACUCAGAAGUGGUUCAAGAAGGCAAGGACCUUCAGGCCGCUGCUGCUGGUGGCGCCAAGACAGAUGAACCAUACGCCAAGCUGCUCUACCGAGCUCUGAUGAGUGUUCCGGAUCAUGCUAUGACUCUUCAAGAGAUUUAUCAGUGGUUUCGUGAGAACACUGAUAAGGACAUCAAGAAGGACAAGUCAGAGAAGAGACCGGGCAAAAAUGCCGAAGGCUGGCAGAAUAGCAUCCGCCAUAACCUGAGUAUGAAUGAUGCUUUUGUCAAACGAGAACACAAGCUGGCGUCAGACUCGGCGUCGAGAGCAACGGAGCAGGGUUCAGGCUCGACUAAAACUGGUGAAGCUAAAAAGGCGACCGAGUGGGUGUUGGAGGAUUGGGCCGUCCUGAAUGGAGUUGAGAGCACAACAAAAUACCGCGGCAAAAACACAUCACGUCGAGGAAUGGGGCGCAAGUACCAUCACCACCCAUAUGAUGACAGAUUUUCACAGCGACACAGCCCAAUUGCCGCCAAGGGAAGCUCAAUUGUCAAGGGCGAGUUCCCAACGAACGACAUGAGAAUGCGCGAGCGUCAAUACACUCAUGAAGUGAACAUGGCACCAAGGUCCCACCAUAUCAACCUCAUCGCACCCCCUCAUCCUCAUCCCAUACGCCGGGCGACUACAAUGCCGAGCAUGUAUCAGUCACCACAGCCGCAGCACCGAGGCUACGAAGGGCUGAUGAUGCCACGAGUCGAGAGAAUGCCCCAACCAAUCAUCAAGCAGGAAUAUUCUCCAAUGACACCCGACUCAAGUGGGUUUGGCUUCGUGCUUCCAGAGCCGAGCCUAAUACACGCGCAUGCAGUCAACUCUAGCGCCAGUAACAGCAACGGCACCACCGCGUAUACGCUGCCUAGUGGCACCCAAAGCAUGUACGUUGGCUCAUCUCCGUGCGAAUAUCCGUAUGGGAUGGUAGACGUCACAGGUGUCUAUCAAGGCAGCGGUCACAAUAGCCCUACUGGCGCUGGCGCUAGUGCUAGUGCUAGCGGCGGAGUCAACGAACGCCUCAUAGGGAUCGGCCCUAACGACGUCUACAGCUGGAACGGCCAGGCACUCUGA